AAAGGUUGUUUAGAGAUACGUUCCAGACCUCUGAACUUCCAGGCAUUGCCACAGGGCAUGUCUUUUACCUGCUCAGCCAGAGAGAUGGGGUCUUUCACAAUGCAUACACACACCUCAUGUCGGUGCCCGAGCCAUGGCCACACUUACUCCCAAGUCCCUGAGCGGCCUACCCUGGGAAAUACAGACUAUGCAUUUGAGAUGGCCAUUUCAAACAUCCGAUAUGGAGAAGGAGUUACAAAAGAGAUUGGCAUGGACCUGCAGAAUCUUGGUGCUAGAAGAGUUUGUUUGAUGACAGAUAAAAACCUCUCCAAACUCCCUCCUGUAAAUGCAGUAUUGAAUUCCUUGGCAAAAUAUGGUAUAAACUUUCAGAUAUAUGAUAAUGUCCGGGUGGAGCCAACAGACCAAAGUUUCCUGGACGCCAUUAGAUUUGCCAAAAAGGGAGAGUUUGAUGCCUAUGUUGCUGUUGGAGGUGGGUCUGUGAUAGACACCUGUAAAGCUGCCAACCUGUAUGCAGCCAGCCCGACAUCAGAAUUCUUGGAUUAUGUCAAUGCUCCUAUUGGGAAAGGGAAGCCUGUCACUGUUCCCCUCAAGCCACUGAUUGCAGUUCCUACAACAUCUGGCACUGGAAGUGAAACCACUGGUGUUGCCAUUUUUGACUUCAAAGAACUAAAAGUUAAAACUGGUAUUGCUUCAAGAGCCAUUAAGCCAACAUUAGGCAUCAUUGAUCCUUUGCACACACUGUCUAUGCCUGAACGAAUAGUGGCCAACAGUGGCUUUGAUGUGCUUUGCCAUGCUCUAGAAUCAUACACCGCUCUUCCUUACAACAUGCGCAGUCCCUGCCCUUCAAACCCGAUCAACCGACCAGCUUACCAAGGCAGCAACCCUAUCAGUGAUGUCUGGGCUCUUCAUGCUCUGCGUAUUGUGGCUAAAUAUUUGAAAAGAGCCAUCAGAAACCCUGAAGACCGUGAAGCAAGAGCUAACAUGCACCUGGCAAGUGCUUUUGCUGGUAUUGGCUUUGGCAAUGCUGGUGUCCAUCUCUGCCAUGGAAUGUCUUACCCUAUUUCUGGUUUGGUGAAAACUUAUAAACCAAAGGAUUAUAAUGUGGAUCACUCUUUAGUGCCACAUGGCCUUUCUGUAGUGCUGACAUCCCCAGCAGUGUUCGCUUUCACAGCACAGAUACAUCCUGAGAGGCACUUGGAAGCUGCAGAGAUUCUAGGAGCUGACAUCCGCACUGCCAGAAUCAAAGAUGCAGGGUUUAUUUUGGCAGACACACUCCGGAAAUUCCUAUUUGAUCUGAAUGUUGAUGAUGGCUUAGCUGCAAUUGGUUAUUCCAAAGCAGACAUCCCUGCGUUAGUCAAAGGCACUCUGCCUCAGGAGAGAGUGACUAAGCUAUCACCACGUCCCCAAACAGAAGAAGACUUAUCAGCCCUCUUCGAGGCUUCCAUGAAGCUUUAUUAGCUUAAACUUGGUGUUCUGAAAAGUGUGCUCUAUUCUAACACAGAGGUAAUUUCUUACAGAUACAGCACUGAAUUUGUUUAGAGCAUGGAAGAACUUGGGUAUUUUUGACCUCUGUUCCAUUGUACACUGCAAAAAGGUCAUGCAAUUCAUCUUUAGCUAAACAGUACUUUGAAGUGAAGACUUGACAGUGGUUUCCUUUUUGCUCAGUAGUCAGUGGUAUUGACUUGCAUAAAAGUUGGAGCAGAUUUCUUGUAGUAGUGAAGGCUUUCUUGUGCUUUAGAGGUAAUCAAAGGUGGAAAAAUGUUUUAAGGGAUAUUCCAAACCAUUUUGCAAAUUAUGCUUCUAUUUAAAUUAUCCAUGAUUUUGUUAUGAAAAGUCAUGCUAGUUACAAAAUAAGUAAGAUCAUUAUUAAUUAGGGAGGGGGAGUUCCCUGCAGAAAAUGUCAGCUUACAGUAUUCUGUUCUGCUUAUCAUCAUCUUACCAUCCGGUUUUGCUAAGAAGGCUAUUGAACUGGGGUACUUCUUUUAUUGUUUGGUUCAGAAAAAAACUACACACUUCAUAGUUGUUUGGAAAAGGCUUCCUGAAAAUUUGUUUUGGGUUAAAAUUCUCACAUGUAUUGUCAGAUAUUUAUCUUUCCUUUUAAGAUCUAUGUGAAGUGUUCAUCAGAGGAACAAAAUCAGAGUAAAACACGGUCACAUGCUCAACAGGAACCAUAUAAUAGCAAGACAGCAUCCAUCAUGGUCAUUCUGUCUCUGGAGGCAAGAGCUCCUUUUUCCUGCUGUCUUCUGUGGAAGGAAGCUCUCAACUGUGUCUAACUUUGCUGUGAAUCAAUUGCUUCUGCUGAGCUCUUGCAGGUGCUGUCCCUCAGAGUGCAGCCACCAGCUUAAGGAAGUGGCUGUGUGCUGUGGUUCAAUAUUAAAAAUUGGUGGUGAAGCAUAUGGCUGCACAGUGCCCCGUGGGGAGCACUGGUUAAAUGUGGGAAUGAGCCUGCACCUUCAGAGCAGUUAACCAGCUGGUUGACUGUCAACUGAGAAAGGGAAGUGGGGAAGGGAGAAAUGAAACUAAAAUUUUAAUACUAUUUUUCUUUUUUUGAAAGGUUCAUGUGGCUGUGUGUACAGUUCAUUUAAAUCAGUUUCUGCUUCGUGUUGAACUCUUUCAGCAUCUGAUUCAUGCAGCUACCACAGCACAAGACAAAUGUGAGAAGAACCCCAUAACCUCUUGUGUGCUUGUUUCUUUCUGCUGGGAAGGGAGCACUUUUCAGUCACCCUGUUGAAGUAGAAAGCUCUAUACUUUCACCUCUGCAUUUAGAUGUUUGUCUGAUCAAGCUAGUGCUCUCCUAGAAUCUGAGAACAGAUGUGUACUCAAUAUUGACACUGGAUCUGUUUUAGUGCUGUUAGAAUAGGUGGAUGGAUGCUAUGGUUGAAGCCUGGUUGUUUUUAGCAACAGAACAGGUUUAGUUGCCAUAGGACUGCACUGCCAGUAUGCCUCAGCCUGUGCUGGGAUACAAAUCUGAUUUCCAUGUCAUUCUGAAUCUUUUCCUCUGCUGAAAUUGCCCACAAGUACCUCUGUCAUGAGGGGUGAUGUAAUAGCAAGAGCUUCACUUUGUUAUAUUGUGCGAAGCUUCCAUGUUUUGGAAAAAAAACCCUUUUUGUCAAAACCUUCUGUCAAACCCUGUCGUUCAAGGUCAGGCUGGAUGGGCUCUGAACAACCUGGUCUAGUGGAAGGUGUCCCUGCCCACAGCUGGGGGUUGGAACUAGAUGAUCUUUAAGGUCCCUUUCAACCAAAACCACUCUGUGGUUCUAUAUAAACUUUUGACCUGUUUUGUCUUUCCACUCCUGUCUUUCUCCAAGCUGUAGUCCUGAAGAGAGAAUAUUUUUGUACAGGAGCCUAAGUCAUGGCAGUCAUGCUGCAUUUAGGGAGAAUAUACUUUCUGGGGAACUGAACAGCACAUGAUUUCAUCACUUCAGCAGAGCACUUUGUUGGGCUAGUUAGGGAGGUAGGAUAUUUCCUUCCAGCACACUUUUUAUUUGCCAUUUAUGCCAGUAUGGCAGUUAUUGGCAGGCUGCAUUUCCAGCUGACAGAACCUCACACUUAACUUCCUAUACCAGAUAACCCAGAGCUCUUGCUAGUUUUUAAAUAAAACCUCAUACCCCCACUGAUAUCCGUAUUUUGCAGAUGAGACAAAGGGUUUGAUGUAAUACCUAACCCAACAUAAGCAGAUGGUGCUGUAAGAAGGGCCCUUUCUGUCUUCCACAGUCCUUUCGCAGAUCAGAGUCUUCAGCUGACUUAAACUGGUUGUGAAAUCUCACUCAUGGAUAUCAGCUACACAAGUAGUGGUUUUCCCACCACCAGUUGUUAGUUACUAGUGCAAAUUUGCUGAGGAAAAAAUGGGGGAGCUCAUGUCACCCCACAGUGCUGUCUUUCAAAUAGUGGUGAUGUGACAGGGAGUCACACCCUGGCUCACAGGCAAUUGUAGUUUUAUUCACAGCUGAAGAGUUAUGUGGAGUUUUUCAUGUAUUAUCUUACUAAAUUACUCUGUACUGAAACAACCUAGUUGGUCAAAUGUAUCUGUAUCUUUGAACAUGUCGAUUUUGUGCAUGAGUCUGGCAUUUGUAUGGGGAGCUGGGGUGACACUGUAAUUCUGAGUGCCCAGCAGUGAUUUGGCAUAUGUGUGAAGUCUGGGCAGCUUGUUCUUGUGGCUCUUGUUACCACUCUGUUACUCAAGCCCUCUGUGAUAGAUCUCUUACUAUGUUUAGAUGAUGCUGAAAUGCAAAUAACAAAAAUAAACACAAGCUUGUUCAAAAGUG